GUAGUGUCAUAAUAAUUUGGCAAAGUUUUGACUUUUAUGUUCAAACUAUUAUCAUGGUUUAAUCAUACUUGGAAAAGUUUUUUUUUUAAUGUUUGAACUCUAUAGCUAUAUAAUGAUAAAUGAUAUUAUUUGGAAAUUUUUUGGCUGUUCAUGGCCAAACUCUAUCAUGAUAGGCAUAUUUGGGAAAAUUUUGGCGUUUUUAUGUACAAACUCUAAAAGUUAUAUCCAUGAUAGAGUUUAUAUUUUGGUAAUGGCUUUUUUAUGUUUCAAUGUAAGGAGAGCUUUAUUUAAACAACUUAAAAGUUUUGUCCCCGUGUAUGUCAAUUAGCUUACGUUACGCCAUAUCGCUUAUUGUUUGAAGUUAAACUUCAAACAUAAGCUGUCGACACCAUAGCUGCUACUAUGGGUUAAGUCAUUAACACACUCUACACUUUUGGCAGUAGCUUUUGACUUAUCUAUGUUACAUAUUAUCUGCUAUAUAGGGUAAGUAACGCAGUUAAUAUGGUGUUUGUGUAGAGUUCAGAAAUCCUAUGUGGCAUUGAGUUUGCUUUGAUAAUAAUUAUAAUUUUAUGGUUUCGAAAGCAUUUUUAGAUUUGCCAUUACACAGUUUAAAACAUAGUGUAAAAAUGCAUUUAUUAACUUCAGGCUUUUUAUUAUACAAUUAUUGAUGAAUCAAUUCAAAAGUUGCGUGAAAGCAACCGGCUGAGCUUUCAGUUGCCCACAAGAUGGUAUAAUGUAUUGUUAGAUAUUGUAGUUUUAUAUGAUUUGAAAAGAGCAACUGCCGAGUUUCUUGCCAGCUCUUCUCAAUGGAAUCUGCAUUCAGAACUGGUGAAAGAGUCACAGAAGUAGCAUAAGCGAUACUAGUGACACGUGAAGUAGAUAAAUUUUGAAUUGAUUGGAAUAUUUUUGACAGACCACGGCCCGAAUAUGCUCUUGGUACUCUUGGUACUUUCAAAAUACCUAGGAUUAAAAGCAUCAAGUGUGUCAAAGCCUUAAUAGCUAUUGUUUUUUACUAUGACAGGUGCGUAGUGCGCUCGCGCCAGUCGCUUUUAAAGUUGCGCGUGAGUCGGUCGUGCGUUCGUUUUUCAAGUGAAAAUUAAGUACGUGAAUCGGGAAAUUGUGUCUGUGCAUUUACACUGUGUCUAUGGUUGUCUGUGGUUUGUGCUAGGAUUUUGUGCGGGAUUUUUUUUCUAACAGUUUUCCUAUUGGAUUAUUUUUGUUCUUUUCUCGACGAGUAAACCGAUGGAAAUGUCAACUUGACGGACCUAGGAUUAUAAAGAAAGGUGUCAUGGAAGCGUCAUCGUCAGACUACAGCGACGAGGAGGUGGGCGUGAUAGCGCGAGGCCAGAAGCUGUGGGUCCGCGGUGUUCGACCUCACACUACCUGCGCUGACAUCGUACGAGCUCUGCAGGACGCUCCAGAAGCCGGUGAAGCCAGCGACCCCGGUGAAUGGGUGCUGGCAGAGAGGUGGCGAGGAGUGGAACGACCACUACCCCCCGACGCGCCGGUCUUGCACGUUCUAGCUGCUUGGGGAGACGCUAGGCACGAGGUCCGAUUGUCUCUUCGCCGACUAUCCAGCGGCGGAGAAGACGAUUCAGGUCGAGACAGCGAUGGGGGCAGCCGAGCAAGAUCGAGAAGAAGAAGAAAGGGAGUCAGAGUAGCCACCCCGCCUCCUAGGUCCAAGAGUGAGGACCCUGCAGCCAGACUGGUCUCUGUUAUACAGCAUCAGACCAGAACUAUACACCAACAGCUUGACAAACUUAGGGAUCAGGAAAAACUAAUCGACCAGCUAGAAGACCAGACGCACAAGAGUAGAAUGGAAAAACAUGGAACAAACUAUCUCCUCGAAUCCUAUCUUCGGGACUUGGGAAGAAGUAGCGAACUGAACGACAGCCAAGCGGGAAACAGCGACAGCGGAGUCGGAGUAGGUAGUGGUACCCCACCACGACGGCACACGAAACAUAAAUCCAGAAGAGAAAGACAUCUUAUGAGAGAACACUACUUCACUAAAGAAUUAACAGACAUCUGCCAAGUUAACUCGGAAAGACUGAUGCAAACUUCAAACGACACAGAUUCUGAUGCGUCAGCUGAUGAACUAUCCAAAAUUAGAGAAGAAAUUGAGCUAUUAGAAAAACUAGCGAUCAUCAACAAAAGAUUACACAGAGAAGAAGAAUUAGUUGUCAGACUAACUGCCAAAGUAAAAAGGUACACCGACGAAAACAAAGCGAAUAGUUGCGAAAACGUCUCCCAAGUGUCCAUGCUCAUAGACAAAAUAGAAGAAGAGUUAGGAAACACAGCGAAAGAGAUGCAAGAAAACGCAACCGAAUUAGAAACUGCUGACAGAGAAAUAGAAUUUAGAAUGAAGUUAUUGGACGAAUUAACCUUAGAAAUAGAGAAAGAGGAGUUACAGAACACGAUUUUAGAAAGGCAAUUGAAUGAAGCGUCCAGUCGACAGCCGAUAAUACUUCAAGAAAGCUACAUACCUGUUCUAGACCAAACGAAUAACCAACCAGUUUUUAGUUACAGCGGGAACGGGUAUGUUUUAGAUACCCUUGUAUGACAUAAGUUACAAUUUGAACCCUGAAUUUGUCCCAAAGAUUGCUUGAAAUUACCAUAGUUAGCUUCCAAUGAAUGUAUGAUUGAGUGAUGUCCUUCCAAAAUGAAAUGGUCCCAAAAUUUACUAUAGCGUAUUUUUAAGUGAGACGGGUAUCGAUUUGGACGUACUAAUACUAAAAAAUGAUGAUAAAUCAGUUUUACGUACAAUCUCUAAUUUGACAGAUCUGAAAGUAACGCUAUCCUUUUCCGAAGAAAACAUUGGGAAAGGGAUAGCACUAUUUUUAGACCAGUUAAUAGCAUUAUGUAUUCAGAUAAGUGAAUAUCAUGUGAGUAAAGGUCCUGUAGGGAAACAUCGCAAGGAAACUUGUAUGAAAGUUCUUCAUAUGUAGGUGUGAAGUCUGCCAAUCCGCACUUGCCCAGCGUACUGGACUAUGGCCUAACCCUUUCUCUGAGAGGAGACAGUGAUGAAUAUAGCCUUUAUUUUUAAACUUUCAUUAGUUUAUCCAAAUCGAUACCACUAUCAAAUGGUGCUAAGUUGUGUAAUAUUAAUUAAUUAGAUACAAUAAUGUAUGCAAUUUGUUAAUAGAUUUAGUUAUUAGAAAAGAUAUUUAUAUAUCAUAUCAGAUACCAAAAAAUGUACAACAAAAACCACCAAUCACAACAUGUAUAUAAAUUAGUUAGCACUAGUCAAAUUGAUGAUCUUUAUUAUAUUAUACUUCAUGACAAUAAAUAAAUAUAAUUGUUAAUUUAAAAUAUAACGCGAUUCAUUAUUGAAAUUAAAGAAAAAAAAACGUAUUUUAUUCUUAAGAGAAGUGUCCCUAGCGCAUUCCCCAGCUUUUUUCAUACACAAGUAACUUUGUUCCCAUUUGAAUUCAACCAAUCAUUCAAAUUAUGUAGACACGUUUUAAAUUAUCUAAACUAUAUUAGGUAGUCUAUUAAAAACGAAUCAUUUUUGGAAUUUUUUCACACAAACGUCAAAAAAUAGCCCCUAAGGCCUCAUUCGCACGAGAGCUUUUAUAA